AUGGGGCAUUUACCGCCUCUCUUCACGCGCCUCGUUCUCCUAUUGACUACACUCCUCUCAUUCACGAGUGCCGAACCUGCCUCCGCAAGCCAGAGCAUCGGCGGCGGCCUCGCCUUUGCUGUCAACGUACCCUCCAACUCCUCCGAUGCCCUGUUCCUCAACUUCCGCCUGCCCGCCCGCAGCGUGUCAUGGGGCGCUUUCGGCUUCGGCGAUGGCAUGUCAGGCGCGCUGAUAUUCGUCGCCUACCAGAAUGAAGCCGGCAAUGGCAUCACCGUCUCCCCACGUCUCGGCACCGGACACGUCAUGCCGGAGCAUACGACCGAUGUUACAUUCACCGACAUGGGCAGCCAGAUCGCAAACGAUAGCUUUAUCGUUAGGGGCAUGUGCGAGAACUGCAGGCGUUGGAGCGGCGGAAACAUCGAUACCAGCGCCAGCGCACAGCCUAUGAUCUGGGGCAGUGGACGCGCGGGAAGUCUGCGCAGCGAUGACUUGGACGCCACGAUUGCACUGCAUCAAGCCAAGGGUCGCUUCUCGAUCGAUAUGCGCAGUGCCGAGGGCGAGCCCGGUGUGCCGCAAUUUCAGCUCGAGGAUACGCGCACAAGCAAUGAUGGACCGCCGGUCGGGGACAGUGGACGUCCGCGCUUCUUCGACAAAAGUGCCAUGAUCAUUGCGCAUGCCGUGCUGAUGAUUGGAGCGUUCUUGAUUCUCUUCCCGGCUGGAUAUGCGGUGCUUAGGCUGUUGGACAAGGUGCUUAUUCACGCGGGCGUGCAGACGCUGGCCGCUCUGGUGGUCAUUAUUGCGACUUCAUUGGGCAUCGCAGCGAGCAAGCAGCAGCAAAUCUCCCCCAACAUCAAUGCUCCUCAUCAGAUCAUGGGCCUCAUCGCCCUAAUCCUUGUCGUGGCCGCUCUCGUCGUCGGCGCCGCCGGCCACGCCAUCUACCGCAAGACUGGCGCACCCGCCAAAUUCAUGAUCGUGCACCGCAUCCUCGGCCCCUUCAGUGUGGGCCUUGGCCUUGUCAACGCCGUAGUAGGUUUCCGCUUCGCCGGCCACUACCGCCCCAUUAUCGGCUUCGUCAUCCUCACCAUUCUCAUCUUCACUGGCAUCACGGCUUUGAUUCUCUUGAAGCGCAGGCGCGCGAUGCGCAAGCAGGCCAUGAACACGCCUGCGGCUAUGAACUUCAGGGAGGGCGGCUACGGAGGUGGUGCUGCGCCGCCAGCGUAUGGAUCGCCUCCGCCGGGACAUAUGCCCAUUCCGCUGCAGACGUAUCAGCCAAGUCAGGCGCCAGUGUAUAGAUAA